AUGGCGAAGCGAAACAUCCUCCUCAUGGUCGCCGACGACCUAGGCAAGCAACUGGGCUGCUAUGGAAACACCAAGAUCCAAACGCCCAACCUGGACCAACUCGCCGCCGAAGGAACAAGAUUCGACCAGGCGUAUACCAGCACCGCCUCCUGCAGCGCCAGUCGCUCGGUCAUUUACACCGGACUGCACACCCACCAGAACGGCCAGUAUGGACUGCACAAUGGUAGACAUCACUUCACGACCUUCGACCACGUCGAGACGGCACCAGCUCUGUUCUCACAGCACGGCUAUACAACCGGUCUGAUCGGCAAAGUCCAUGUCGGUCCCUCGUCCGUCUAUCCAUGGGAUAUGCGCGCGGAGAGUGACAGCCGCGACGUCGCCAAAGUAGCAGACCAAGCCUCCGCCUUCUUCCAAGACUGCAAGAAGGACGAGAAACCCUUCUUCCUGACAAUCGGAUACAUCGAUCCGCACCGAGACCUCACACGCUCGGGCUUCGACGUCGCUGUCGAACCAUUCGUGAACGACCUUCCCGGCGUCCGAUUCGAGUUCGCAGAAUACUACCAGUCCAUUUCACGACUGGAUCAAGGCGUGGGCAUGGUACUGGGCGAACUGAAAAAGAACGGAUUAGCAGACGACACGCUGAUCAUCUUCAUGAGCGAUAACGGGCCUCCGUUCAUCAAUUCCAAAACAACCCUCUACGACGCAGGCGUUUGUCUCCCCUCCCUAAUGAAAUGUCCCGGAUCACCACCCUCAAUCCAAAACCCGAAUAUGGUCUCCUACGUCGAUAUUCUACCAACUAUACUAGACUGGUCUUCGCACCCGUCAGCACCAACGGAUGCCAAUCCCCACCCAACUCGAGUAGGCCGCUCCCUCCUACCCAUCCUUUCGCAGUCCUCACUCCAAGAUUCAUGGAAGCGAGUCUUCGGCUCACACACCUUCCACGAAAUAACAAACUACUGGCCAACACGCUUCAUGCGCAAUGACCGAUUCAAAUAUCACCGCAAUAUCGCCUGGCGAUUGGAUUUCCCUUUUGCGGCCGAUAUCUACGGCUCGUUGACUUGGGAGGAUAUUCGUAAUUCGGACGCCAAGAUGAUUGGUUCGCGGCCUUUGAAGGAUUAUUUCUUUCGUCCUGCGGAGGAAUUGUAUGAUGUUCUUGCUGAUCCGCAUGAGGUGCGGAAUCUUGCUAAGGAUCCGGAGUACGCGGGCGUUUUGGAUGAUAUGCGGGAGCAGGUUGAGGCGUGGCAGCGCAGGACGGAGGAUCCUUGGUUGUAUCGGGAUGGGGUGUCGAUGUUGCUUGUUAGACAUCAUUUUGAGGGUGGACUUGAGGUUCCGGAUCGGUUUGAUUUUGAUGAGAAUUCGCCGCGGGGGAAAGGGUUGGGUAAGUUUGAUGAGAAGGUCGCUUGGGGGGGCUGA